AUGAGAGGUGAAUUUAAUGGUUUACAAAGAAAGAUUCUAGAUGAAAACCCUUAUGCUUUCUAUGUCCAUUGCUAUUCUCACCGUUUGCAAUUUGUGGUUGUGUCUGUUGCUAGUAGUUGUUCAUCUAUUCAUGAUUUCUUUGAGUACAUCUCCUUGAUUGUAACCACAACAAGUGCAUCUUGCAAGAGAAUGGAUGCUUUGAUGGAGGCACAACACCAAGAUAUUUUGAAUAGACUUGAGAGUGGUGAGAUAUCUCAAGGAAAUGGCUUGCACCAAUCUUCUAGUCUCGCUAGACCUGGGGAUACUAGAUGGACUUCACAUUAUACUACCUUGAUUCGUUUGGAUCAAAUGUGGUCCUCCGUGUUAGAGGUGCUUAGUAUUGUUGAUGAAGAUGAACGUGGAGUAUCCCGAGUGGCGAGUUUGAUAGAAAAAAUGGAGAGCUUUAAAUUUGUUUUUAUUUUGAAGCUUAUGUUAAAGUUGUAUGGUUUUACAAAUGAACUUUCAAAAAUCUUGCAAACAAAAGAUCAUAAUAUUGUGCUUGUUAUGGAAUUAGUUGAUGAUGUUAAAGCUCGGUUGACUACAUUGAGAGAGAGUAGUUGGGAUGAUUUUCUUAUUGAUGUCCAAGAAUUUUGUGUUGCUCAAAAGUAUUCCGGUGCCAAAUAUGGAUGA